GAUAAAUCCAAAUCACAAGUCACCAUGUCAGGAAGUGCACCUAAUGAUCCUGCCCCCGGCGGUCACUCUCGAGAGUUGCAACAGACACCCUUUGACUCGAACCAACAUGGGCAGGCCCAGAAUAUCAUUGAUGAGACAAAAAACACUGGUGGCCGAGUUGUCGAUGCCAAUCUCGGAGCCAGCAUUGAUGCAACCAAGUCUGGAGAACUCUCCAGCCGUGUUGCUGAUAUUGUGAAUCAACCUACUGGAGGUCGUGUUGGUGGAAAGUUGUCAGCACAACGCAACGCGUUGGAGGUUGACGAGAAGGGCUUCAAGGUUGGAGAAGAAGGAGACUUACAUAACUUGGCUCACAGCAAACAGCCUUGAGCAUUAUUAGAGUUCACUUCAGACCAAUAGCAAUUAAUAUAGCCAACAG